CAGACAAGGUAACUUUUAUCAAUAUAUUCGGCUUCUAUUUACUCUCAUAUUUGAAAAUGAUACUUAGCAUUGAAGUAGACAUCAUGCAAGACUACAAAUCCCUGCAAACUCCAAGCUCCAGCAUGUCAUCUCUAGCUAAAACCUUUGCUAAACAGGUAUUGUGUCAAUUUAAAACUGGCAUAAGACAGUUAACAGAAUUGUCAAUUUAAAGACAUUUUGCCAAUUUAUUAAUUAUUACAUUUAGUUAACAUUAGAUUGUUAAUCCAGAGAUUCUAACCUUUGCGUCGCUUCAGCAGUCUCGUCCAGAUCACCAUGGUAUUUGGAGUUCUUUAUGAUAGCCACAUUAGCAGCUAAAUAGCAUAAUUAUUGGGAGGGUAAAUACAGCUGAAUAUAUUGAUAAAAGUCACCUCGUCCUAGAGAGAUUUACGCGGUUAUCAAAACAUCAUGGCAGGGUAAGCCUACACAGCCCUUAUUUGAAGUGUUUCUAAAGUCCCCUUUGGGAAAAAUGAAAGGUGGAAAAACGAUUUGAACCAUUUCCCUGUUUGACUGCUAGGUAUUAUGACUCUAUUAUAAACUGGGUUUCGAGCCCUGAAUCCUGAUUGGCUGACAGACGUGUUAUAUCAGACGGGUAUGACAAAACAUAUCAUACCACGGGUAUGACAAAUAAUAUGAGACGAAUAAUAUGAUCUACAAAUAAAAAUGAGUAGUUAUUUACGGUGCAAGGUGAUUUGUAGAUCAGUCAGUUGGCAGUUGCCUGCACUAUCGGCUGCAAUGUCGAACAAGCCGCGCGCGCGUGUGUGUGUGUGUGUGUACACCUUACUGGUAGCCAACGCUGCUGCCAUGAUUACACACGUAGAUGCCUCUGCAAAGGCCUUCAAGGACAAUGUGUUCUCUGAGGAAAUAGUGUAAAACGAGGCGUGGACAGAACAAUGAUUUCAGUGGAUUUAUCAAGGGUUGUUGUCAUGUCCUAUCAUAUGCAGUAUUUCACAGGUGAAUCAUCUGAAAGACUACCUGUCCUACAGAAAGCUUCCCAAGGCACUGAGGCUUCGCAUCACUACUACAUGCAGGGAAAUGGUUUGACGAGAAGGACACGCUAUUUGGUGUCCAAGUCUUUGAAAGAGGAGAUCCUGAUAGUGAUGUGUGCAGCCUUGAUGAACAACACGCUCAUGUUGAAGAACCGAGAUGUCAACUUCCUGAACGCCGUUCUCACCCAGCUGCAGUUCGAGGUCUUCCAGGAGGCUGACAUCAUCAUCAGGCAGAACACGUCCAGAGACCGCAUGUUCUUCAUCGAGCACCGCCAGUUCCUGGUGAAGACCGACUUCUUCCAGAAGGAGCUUAUUGAAGGAGACUACUUUGGAGAUCUGCCUCCUGACCAAAGGAAGCGUUUGGCAACAGUGCGAGCUAUGACCAUCUGCCAGCUCUUAUCCCUGCACACAGACAGCUUCCAGCAGGUCCUAAAGGCCUUCCCUAACGUCAGGAAAGAUCUGGAGAUGACUGCCCAAUAGCGUCAGGAGGACCUAAAGAAGGCACAGCAACAGAGUGAAUCCAAACGUAAAGAUAUGCAGAGUGAAAACUGAGGAGAUAACUGAGUGAAGGGGCCUCGCACGACACCAUUCACUAACACUUAGUUUAAAAAACAAUGUAGAACCGGUUUACAUUUUUUGUAAAUAAGAUGAACAGAUGCGGGUAUAUUGUAAACUGUGGAUUCAUUUCUUACAUUUAUAAUUUUUUUGACAAUAUAAUAAAAACAAUUU